GAAGCUGUGAUUCAACGCCCAAACGCAGCUUGCGAGAGAAAUCCCCGUCUCAUUUCCAACUCCGGCUCCUCUCCUCCACCGCUCUCAAUCCUCAUUGCAUCGCCGCUGCCUUCCCCUUCUUCUCCAGGAAUGCAUCGAAAGGUGUAUGAGACCCGAAGUUUCAAUGCUAGGGACAGGAUAAAUUACGUGAUGUGGACAAGUGAAAUGGACAAUUGCCUUUCCAAGAUACUUAUAGAGCGAGCAAGGAAGGGAAAUAAAUUAGAUAACACUUUGAAACCUGCUGCAUUUACGGCUGCUCUUGCAGCCUUAAAUGAAAAGUUUGGGCUUGAUUUGACAAAAGAACACAUUAAGAAUCGGCUGAAAACAUGGAAAAAGCAGUUUCGAAUUUUGAAGGAACUUCUUGCCCAAAAAGGAUUUGAGUGGGAUGAGGUGCAUAAAAUGGUGGUUGCAGAUGACUCAGUAUGGAGUGCUUACAUCAAGGCACAUCCAGAUGCAAGGGCAUUCCGAGCAAAGCUCAUUGAAAAUUAUGAUGAGUUGUGCAUUAUCAUUGGCAAUGAUGAAGCAACAGCAAGCUAUUCUGACAAUGUUGCUGAAGCUGAUGUUGACUUGACAAUUGAAAAGGAGGGUGUGAAGCCUGCCAUUAUGUCUGAAAACCAAACUGAUGACAAGCAGACAAAAAAGUUGAGAUGGUCAGAUGAAAUGGACAGUUGCCUCAGCAAGAUUCUUGUAGAACAAGUGAAAAGGGGUUCUAAAAUAGAUAAUAUUUUACAGCGCGAAGCUUAUGACACAGCUGUUAUUGCUUUAAAUGAAAAGUUUGGUCCUGAAUUGACGAAAGACCACAUUCGGAAUCGCCUUAAAACGUGGAAGAAACAGUAUGGAGUUUUGAAGGAACUUAUUUCUCAAACUGGAUUUGAAUGGGAUGGAGCACAGAAGAUGGUUGUUGCAAAUGAUUCAGCAUGGAAUGAUUAUACCAAGACUCACCCUGAUGCCAGGGCCUUCCGGGGAAGGGUUGUUGAGAACUACAAUCCAUGGUGCAUUAUUUUUGGAAAUAAUAGUGCAGUUGAAGGCUAUUCAAGAACUGGUGAUGAAUUAGUGUUGUGUUUAGCAGCUGAUAUUCGAGGCUCAGUGGCUCUUAAUAACUCUCCUAAACAGUGUGGUGGCAAUGUCAAAGAUCAUGUGAAACACUUGAGGUGGACAAGUGAAAUGGAUCAUCACCUCAGCAAGAUACUUGUACAGCAAGUGAAACUCGGCAAUAAAAGUAAAUUUGAUAGCAAAUUAAAGACUGCAGCUUAUGUGGCAGCCGUUUCAUCUUUAAAUGAAAGGUUUCAGCUUGACUUAACAAAAGACCAUGUUAAGAACCGGCUCAAGACGUGGAAGAAAAUGCAUGGACUUGUGGUGGAACUCCUCGAUCAUGGUCAAUUUGAAUGGGAUGCAGGACGAAGGAUGGUCCUUGCAACUGACUCUGUAUGGUAUGACUAUAUCAAGAUAAACCCUGAUGCAAGGCUUAUUCAAGGACGAGUCAUUGAAAAUUAUGGUGAUUUGUGUGUAAUCUUUGGCAGUGACGAGCCAAGUGAAAGUUAUUCUUUGGAUGGUGCUGAAAUUGAUUUUGAUUUGACUGCUGACACUGAAGGAAUGGACAAUGAGGAUGCAUUUAAUAAUCGGAGCGACAGUGGAAAAGAGAAAGGGAAAUACAUGCUAUGGACAGAUGAUAUGGAUCGUUGUCUGACAGAGAAGCUCAUGGAGCAAGUGAGGUUGGGAAACAAGCUCGAGAAAAAUUUUAAGCCCAGCGCUUAUACAGCUGUUCUUACAACUUUAAAUGAGAAGUUUGCACUCGAAUUAACAAAAGAAAACAUUAGGAGCAGGUUGAAAACAUGGAAAAAGCAGUAUGGACUUGUGAAAGAGCUACUCUCUUAUGGUGGAUUUGCAUGGGAUGAGCAAAGAAAGAUGGUUGUUGCCAGUGGCUCUGUAUGGAAAGAAUACAUUAAGAAGCAUCCUGAUGCAAGGCCUUUACGAUCUAAGUCUAUUGAGAAUUACAAUGAGUUGCGUAUUAUCAUUGGCAAUGAGCAGGCGGCUGGAUACUGGUCUAGAACUGGUGCAGAUUAUGAUGCAAAUCAUACUUCAAAUAAUGAAGAGCAUGCAGUGACUCCAUUACAGGUUAUGGUAGAUGAAAUAAGCCAUGAUGAUACUGGUGAUGGCACACAAGGGUCAUCUCAGCAGACAGGGGCUAGGCCCUCUUCAUCGUCACAUUCAGAACAGCCCUCGAAGAAGAGACGUACUGGUGAUGUUAUGAUCGAGAUGAUGAGCGCCAUGGCUGCAAAUAUUGGUAGGAUUGCUGAUGUUUUAACAGAAAAUAGCAAGGCAGUUUGCUUGGAUGAACUGUUUGAGAUGGUUCAGAAUAUUCCCGGCUUUGAUGACGAUCUCAUCAUCGAGGCAUGUGAGUUUCUUUCUUUUGAUGAGAAGAGGGCGAAGAUGUUUAUGAAAUUAGAUGAGAGAUUGAGAAAACUCUGGUUGUUGAAACGGUUGCGUGGUCAGAGUAUUUGAAUUUAGAUCAAUUGCCCUUAUUCUGUGAAUACAGUAGAUUCCCCCCCCUCCUGCAAUUGAGGGAUCAAAAAAAUAAAAAGAAAAGAAAGGCGUAAAUAGAAAAGAAAGAGAAGAAAAAAAAAGGGGAAGGGGGGGGGGGGGUGGUGGAACAAGUCGCUUUCCCCAGCCCCUGCUGGGGAAUUAUAUGCCUGCCAUUGACAUCUGCCCUGUUUUAUAUGUUAAGGCCAUUGCAUUCAUUCUUUUUCUAAGUGGUGGUGGGUUACUCGUAAAUGGAUCAGUUACAUGUGGGACAUUUAGUGCAGCAACCUCAUGUUAAUUACAAGCUUGAUCUUAUUUGGCAGCAUAGAUUUCGGAUCUAAUUUGUACUAGAGCUGAGCCUUUUUUGUCUUAGUCCCAAUUUAAUACUAAACAUGUCUGAACAAAUUGAAUGCUUGCGCCAGAAAUUUCCUGAGAUGUUGGACAAAAUAUUUCUAUGUUUUCAAACAUUACCAUAGGAGAUAUCAAACUCAGGACAUUUGAAUUAAAGUCUUAAUUUAAAGCUGGUCCUUGCUGCUGAAUGUUAAGAUGACCAUUGCACUCUUGUAGUUGUAAUCAAGGAAAUUCAGUUUUGGAA